AGUGUUAAGAUGUGUAAUCGCACCCAUUGUCGAAUAGUUCUACUGAUAUUUCUUCAGUUUUACGUACUUCUGGUACAAUGCGAAAGUCAUUAUACAAUAAUUGCUCCUGGCACCAUACGCUCCAAUCGCAAUUACACCGUUUGCGUUGCCCUGCACAAUGCCAGCGAGGAGGCCCACAUUAAACUGGACAUAUUAUCCAUGGAUAGUUCGUUGCAUUUGAGUCAAGAAGUCACAGUUCGUCCAAACGAAAGUAUAUUGACGGAUUUUGUAAUACCUCAACUUUUCAAACGAUUCAGAUAUCAAUUAAGAGCGGAGGGUAUCAAGGGCUUGAUUUUUAGCGAGAGAAGAAAUUUACUUGCUAAGGAUACUGGCGGGCCACGGAUAUAUUUGGAAAGUGAUAAGGGAACAUACAAACCCGGUGAUGUGGUACAAUUUCGGGUUGUCAUACUCAGUGAGCAUUUGAAAAUGAUGAGGAUUGUGGAACCGAUUCGUGUACAGAUACUGGACCCUCUAGGCAAUCGCGUGAAACAAUUCAAAGAUAUACAACUGAAUCGUGGUAUAUUUACCGGGAAAUUCCAACUGUCACAGCAACCUCUGGCGGGUACCUGGUCCAUAUUGGUUCACAUCAGCGGCAAAUACAACCAGGAUAAGAAGUACACAUUUCAAGUGGAACGAUAUGUUUUGCCAAAAUUUAGUGUGCACCUGGAAGCACCAAAAGAUUUAGUGGAAUCGGAACGUUUUUUGCCGAUUACCGUUUACGGAAAAUAUACCUACGGCCGUUAUGUUAAAGGCACGGUGAAAAUUGUCGGAACCAUACAUGACACAACCAUUGCAGAGGGAAUUGUCAUUGACGAAGAUUCUAAAGCCGAACUGAAGAUUGAUUUGGAAAAACUGACCCUCACUCGUUACGAUCUCAAUUUGGCAUUGAAAGCUUUUCUGGAGGAAAAAUAUACGAACAUUACGGCCGAGGCCAAAAGAGUUGUGAAUAUUCGCAAGACACGUUACAAGAUGAACAUUUUAGAUCGCGACAUUGAAUUUCGCAAUGGAAAACCGUAUCGUAUUGGGGUGCAUGUCGAGCAUUGGAAUAAUAGUAUUGUCAGAGAUAUGAGCAACCCCGUUGUUAUGGAAUUUAAAGGUGUCAAUUAUACUUCGUUUUUGACCGAAAAUGGGGUGGCUAGAUUUACACUCCAGAAUGAUGCCGGAGAAGAUGAUAUGUUCCAAUUUUGGUAUAAGGAUACGGGAAAAACCUAUCCGAGUGUAGACAUUGUACCUCCGCAACCGAUGAGUUGUGUUCUUCAAACGGAUACGGAUAACUUUAAAGAUUUCAGUAAACCUCUCGAAAUCAAUGUUACAUCAAAUGAUCCCAUGCCAUUUCUAAUGUACACUUUAACUGGUCAUGGAAAUAUUGUACGACAGGAAAAGCUCCAAUUGCAGGACCAAGUCAAAUCCCAUAUCAUCAAAAUUAGACCCUCAAUUGAAAUGAUACCCAAUUCACAACUCUUGGUUUUCUAUAUCGACAAGGGCCUUUUCAAAUAUUGUGAAAUGACAAUUCAUUUGCCGAAGACAUUCGAAAAUAAGUUAUCCCUUGUGGGACCAACACGCAUAAAACCUGGCCAGAACAUUACCCUGAAUUUGAAAGCCCAGCCGAAUUCUCUCGUCUCAAUAACAGCUGUCGAUAAAAGUGUUCUGCUCCUCAAUUCGAAGAAUAUCCUACAAAAGGAUAUCAUUAUGAAUGAUUUAUUGGAUGAUAAGUCAUAUACAUCGCCUGUUAUUAGGGGAAGUACCUCCGCUCUGUCUUCGCCGGAUGUCCAAACCGGUUUAGUGAUUUUAACGAAUGCGAAACAUGAGAAAUAUAGCUUUUUGGAAAUUGAGAAAAGUUCUCUGGAUCAGAUGUAUUAUCGUGUUGAUUUCCCGGAGACCUGGCUUUAUAAAGAUCUUGAAAUCACCCAACCCAACACCCCUCUGACCGUUAAAGUUCUCGACACCGUCACCACCUGGGAACUAAGAGCAUUCUCUGUUAACGACGAGACUGGCUUUGGCAUGUUAGAAGAAAAUCUGGAAAUCGAAGCUUUUCAACCAUUUUUCAUCAGUGUCAAUCUUCCGUAUGCGGUUAAGCGGGGUGAGACGGUUAAGGUACCCGUGACAAUAUUCAAUUAUUUAAGAGAGCAACUCCAGAGCAAUGUAUCAAUGAUUGGGCGGAGUAAGGAUUUUGAAUUUGUUAAUGAGGGAAAUGUUGCAGGUGCUGAGCAAAAUGAAACCAAAAGAUCCUUGAUGCUGGACAUUCCGGCUAAUAAUGCCAGAAGUGGCAUCUUUAUGAUACGCCCCCAAAGAGUUGGCCUCAUUGACAUUGAAAUAACAGCUACCAGUGGUGUCGUAUCCGAUCGUGUGCUACACAAGUUAAAAGUUGAACCCGAAGGUGUGGUACACAAUCGUAAACAGGAAGUACUGAUAUCCUUGUCACAGAUAAAAUCGAAUCAGACCACAUUUCAGGCUGAAAUACCUGCCGACAUUGUACCCGACUCGGAGUAUUUACAAUUGACCGUGAGUGGUGAUGUCAUGGGUAGCACUUUGGAAAAUUUAGAUAAUCUGGUACAAAAGCCCAAGGGAUGUGGGGAACAGAAUAUGAUUUAUUUGGCACCGAAUAUUUUAAUAAUGGACCAUCUCCAGUCGCUGGAGGAGCGGAUGAUGGCGACUAAUGCUAGCAGUGGUUUAAUGGAAAAGGCGAAACAAUUUCUCGAUGUUGGCUACCAACAGCAGUUGGCAUAUCGCCAUUCGACGGGAGGCUAUAGUGUUUUUGGUCCCGACUCCAGUACGGAAAGUAAUUGGCUGACGGCCUACACCACCCGUUUCUUUAUCAAGGGUCAACAGUAUUCGGCCAUUGAAAAUGUUUACAUUGAAGAUGCCCUCAAAUAUCUGAGCCAGCAGCAGCUGGACGAUGGUAGUUUUCCUCAUCGGGGGUUUCUUUUCGAACCAGCCCACCAGAAUCGAUUUGGCUUCGCGGCCUUUGUCCUGCUGACUUUUCUGGAGAGUCCGAAAUAUGCCCGGAAAUAUCGCAGUACAAUACAAAAAGGAAUGACAUUUUUAAAUGAAAAUUUCAAGGAUGUACAGGAUGUGUACUCUUUGGCAAUAAUGGCAAAUGCCUUUCAAAAGGCUGGCAAUAGUAGCAAUGCCUCUGAGAUUCUGCAGAAAUUGAAAUCUCUAUCCCAGCAGCGCAAUGGAUUGAUGUGGUGGACCAACAAUCUAAAAUCGGAAGAAAGUGCCAAUGAUGUGGAAUUGACUUCGUACAUCUUGAUGGCCAUGUUGGAGACAUCACCGGCCCGAGAUUGUUUGCCCAUAUUUAAUUGGCCUACGUUGUGGGCCUACAGGCCUUAAUAAAAUACGAUUCUUUGAUGGGGAAAUCUGGUGAUAGCGUAGAGACCCAACUGAAGAUACAUUAUGUGGCCAAGACCGCCCAAGGAUCUGUGGCAAAGGAAGGUAUAUUUGGCAUUGAAACUGGCAAUGAAAUUAUACUUCAAAAACAAGAGCUACCUAAUAAUGUGCGCUCUGUUGAUGUAGAGGUGAUGGGCCAGGGUCGUGCCUUUCUUCAAUUCAACUACCAGUAUUAUACAUCAAAUCUAACCUCUCCAGCCACCACCAUCGUUCACCCACCCCUUCACCCUUCCACUACCCAACGACCAAUCCAACCGAAAGAAUCAAACGCCAUACCCCAAACCCUAGCCCGAGUUGUUCAUGAAUAUUUCAACAUAACCGCCAGUGGCAACAUAACCUCAAAGGUCACCAUGUCCCUGGAUGUAUGUUUCAGCUAUAAACCUCAAACGGAAGAAGAAAAGGAGUCGAAUAUGGUCAUACUCCAAAUCAAUCUGCCAUCCGGAUACAUUGCCAACAAUGACAGGACCAUGAAAUUGAAAGACUCGGUGGAAAUUAUUAGUAAAAUUGAUAUACAACAGUCGGGAACUCUGCUGGAAAUAUAUUUUGAAAAACUUGAGGCCGAUGAAGAGCAAUGCCUCGUUUUAAAUGCGGAUAAAAGUCAGGAUGUUGGAGAACUUAAGCCGACGUUAAUUGAGAUCUACGAUUAUUACAACGAUCGGCGGCGUACAAGGAUAUUUUAUGAACUGAAAGGAUGAGGGAGGCUGGAUUAGGGGAAAAUUCACAUUUGGAAUAAUUCAAUUUUUUGAAAUAAUGAAAUAAAAUUAAAAAAAAUAUAUAUAUAAAAGACCGGUAGAUC